AUGAUGAUAAUGAUGGUAGACGCUCAACGAUCACUUACUCUUGUUGAAGAUAAUGUUAUGAACAAUAAUAAUAUGUCAUCAUUAUGCUCUGAUAACACCAAUCUUGUACAUGAAUUAAUUUCUUCACGUCAGAUAGUCGACUUUGAAGGUCCAUAUAGGGUUCUUGACGGAUCAAACAUAGCUAUGCAAAAAAUGAACUGUUCGACUUUGGCUGCUUAUUGCCGUUGGUCAAGUGGUCUCGAUAGACUGUUGGAGGAUUCAGAUGGAAUUGUACUUUUUCACAAAUUUCUUUCUUCUAAGCAUUCCUUAGGUCAUUUGCUUGACUUUUGGUUCGCAUGUAAAGGCUUUCGCUCUAAUAUAGACCCAAAUGAUUCAGCUAAGCUCUUUCAAGUUGCAAAGAUUAUUUACAGGAAAUACUUACGGUCAGAAUCUAUUUGUGCAGUUCCAGUAUCUUCUUCAACUAAGCGCUCUAUCGUUGAACAAAUGUCUCUUUUAUCAAGUGGUAAAGGUAAAUAUCGCAUCAACCGGAGCCUAUUUGAUACGGCGCAAGCGGAUACUAAGUCACUACUAGUUCAGAAAUACUACCCGGAAUUUAUUCAAUCGACCGAGCUUUGGCAUUCUAUAUCUAAUUCGAAUAAAUCUCAAGAUAAAUUAUCAAGUCUCUCCAUGGGCCAAACGUUGUGGAAGGAUCAGCAAGAUCUGCUUUCGGAUCAUACAUCUUCGACAUCACGAAAUGUAAACAACCCAUGGCAGCAAAGCAUGUAA